GUCUCUUAGGUUGAACGCCGAUAUCGUGCCCUGCACUAUUACAUGCAUUUCUCAGCCUGAACUUGAACACAGCUUCUCACAGCACUUGCAAGUGUUCGGCACUCGAGUGGCCGUUUCUGCGCGUUUUCGAGUGAAUACUUUAUUGCAGGUUGCGGUUCAGUUUCAUGCCUAGCAGUCACACCUGAAAGGGAUUAAGCAGCGGCACUGGACAACUAGCGCUCCCUCGCGCUGCCUGCGGGCAGUUCUGAGUAAAUCUGAUGGUCCGCGUCCUUGAGACAUGUUCAUUUCAGCUGCUGCUGGUAGCAGCAUGCUUAGUUGGAGCGGCUAUGGGGGCGCGCCGGCUAGAAUUGCAAGACCAGAGCGCCGGGCCGGAUGCUCGCAGCAGCUCCCUGGAAGAUGACAUAUUCAUCCCCUUCUGGCAGCCGCCGCCGCCACGGCCCCCGCGCCCGCCCCCGCAGCCCGCGUCGCCGCCCUCCCCCCCAGCAAGUCCCCCGCAGCCUUCGUCUCCACCAUCUCCGCCACCGUCACCAGUGCCGCGUGAGCUGCAGUACAGUCCUUGGUACUGCGGCAUGCCGUUUCACGAAGACGACGGCUACUACGCCACCACCUCGGACGCCGCCGCCGCCUCGCCCGCCCCCCAGCUGCACUGGCUCACGGGCAUGUCCAGCUCCGGCGGCGUCGUACUUGAGUCCCUGCGCUCGUCGUACGACAGCGGCGCACUGGCCGGGCCGCAGCACGGCAGCAAUGCUACAGCCGCAGCCGCCGGCAGUAGCCGCGGUGCUGUCAUCGACCGCACGCUGCAGCUGCCGCAGACGGGGCCGGGCCGGGUGGAGUACGUGGCGGCCUGCUGCAGCGGCGAGGGGCUGUACGGCAACAGCGUGCAGCGGCUGAUGCUGUACACGGCGGGGCGGGAGCUGCUGGCGCUGGGGGGGCCGCCCAGGUGGUGCCGCACGCCCCUGCCUUACACACGGCUGCCGGAGGGCUUCCUGCUCGCGGGCGUGGAGACUCAGCGCCCCACCGCCCCCGGCGGCGGGACCUGGGUGCACCGCCUGCGCUUCGUGUUCGCACGGGCGCCCGAGCCCGCUGCCAUGCCCGACACGCCGCCCUCGCCGCCCUCGCCCGAUCCGCCCGAGCCGCCCAUGGAGCCGCUGGGUGCGGAGCCGCCUGGAACCGACUCGGGGGCCCGGCCGCCCGGGGCGGGUGGGGACCUGCCGCCCGGUGUGGAGCCGCCGGAGGCGAGCCCGCCGGAGGGCGCGCGGCCGCCUGACCAGGCCACGGACAUCCUGAUGAGCAAAUGGUACUGCGGCCGCGUGCCCGACUCGCCGUACACGUACAACGCACGUACGACGGAUCUGGUCCAGGAGAGCCUGCGGGACAUGGUCAUGGUCGGGAUCCGCGGCGGCGUGGCCUGGCCGCCGUACGACGGAUCCGGGUACGAAGACACCAACGACCUGACCGGAUCUGGAGCCAACGCAACGGGUGGCGGCGCGCCGCCGCCGCCUGCCAAUGGUCGUACGGCAGGGCUGCUGUCGUGGCUGCAGUCAGUGUACGAACCCGGCGGCGCCAUGGGGCCGCAGCACGGCACGUACUUUGACCCGGCGGGCGGGCAGGACGCGCCGGUCAACGGCACUUGCCGUGGGGGCCCGGGCAGCACCUGUGCCGUGCGGUUCGACGCCACGGGGCCCAAGCGGGUGGUCGCCUACAGCACCUGCUGCGCCGGCCGCGGCCAGGCGCACGGCGUGCAGCGGCUGUUGCUGUGGACGGCGGACGGCGGCCUCCUGUCCGUAGGCGACCCGCUCGGCUGCCCCGCCUUCCAAACCGUGGGAGCCGUGCCCUCUGGGUACCGCAUUGCCGGCAUCGAGACCGGAUCCACCACGUACGGCAAAUACUCGGGCCUCAUCCACCGCGUGCGCUUCAUCAUCAUGGCCGAUUACUAUCAGGGCGGCGGCGGCGGCAGCAGUAGCGCUUCGCCGCCGCCGCCCGCUCCGCUACCGUACGGCGGUUACGGCGGUUACGGCGGUUACGGGGGCGGCUGCGCGCCGCCGCCGCCGGGUUGUGGAGGCUACGGCGGUUACGGCGGUUACAGUGACUACGGCGGCGGUGGCAGCUAUGCGCGGCCGCAGCGGUUUGUGCCGUUGUAGGCACAGCAUCACGGCACUCGUUGGUGAGCAUUGUUGGGUCGGUAUUGGGAAAGGCGCAUACAACAACGUGCGGUAGUCGGGAUGGGGGCGACGCACGCGGGCAACACUACUGUGGCCUGAGAACCGCGCCGCUGGGGCCGAAGGUGGUGUUGGGGUGCUGAGCAUGCGGGUGGGGAACGCAGGGGUGCUUGCCAGUGGGAGAUGAACUUGCUGUGUACUGUGCCAACAACGCUUCACUGCUGUGGGUACUGUUUUACGCAUUUGCAUACAUAAGAUAGGACGCACGGAUAGGGCGUGGUGCCCGGGAUGUGCCAGGAGCUUUCCUCAGUGCCGUAUCGGCGCACGUGCAUGCUGAACUGAUGACACCCACUGCACCUGCAAUAAGCUGACCCAGCAACACUUCCCCACCGUUGUUUGCAAAGCAAGUAGAUCGGGCAAGGUCACUUAAGGUUGGCAGAGCCUUGGGAGCUGUAGGUUGGGGCACUGCCGCAUGCCAUGGCAGCUUUGCACAUUUGACAUUAGUGCGCUGCUGGGUGUUGCUGACGCUUCCGAAUGCGUCACUGCGCAUUUUGGAGCCGGGUUAAGGCGGCACGUGCGUGAUUCCCCCUUGAAUGAGCACGCAUGUUCUUACGUAAAGCAACUUUAUUGCUGUUACAUGAACGGGCCUUGCAUGCGAGGCUGUGCACCUCAACCACCCAUGCAGUAGCUGCACGCACGUGUAAGCCCGCAGCUCA